AUGGAAACAAUCCCGCCGCCGCCGAAGUUUGAAAACGCCAGCAACGCUGCGGAACAAUGGCGCACGUUCAAACAAGCCUUCACGCUGUACCUGAAAGCGACCGAUGCCGCGGGAGCAUCAUCGGAAAGGCAACUCGCACUUCUUCUCACGGACGGCAAAGCAAGCUCGUUAUUUGCAACCUUGAUCGUCAAUGAAAGAAAAGUCAAUUUCCAAGUGGACAAUGGAGCUGUAGUGAGUGUUAUCAACCACAAGAGUGUGACGCACAGACCGAUCGAGCAAACCUCGACAACCCUGCGCAUGUGGAAUGGCACGAAAGUCAUCCCAUCUGGCAAAGCAAGGCUGAAGGUGACUACAGCCAACGGGCAGAAACACGUCGUUGACUUCAUUGUGGUCCGUAACAACCUCACACCCUUCAUAGGACGGAAGUCAGCUGAACGGGUCGGGCUAAUCACGGUUGACUACAACCUGGUUGCCAGCAUUGGUAAAGUAAACUCAAGAGACCACAUCACGAAGAGGUACCCCGAUGUAUUUGGAACCUUUGUAGGCUCUCUGCCCGGACCCGUACACCUUGUGACCAAGCCAGCGGCAUGUUCCAAAGCAGUAACGAGUUGCCGAAUCCCAGUGAAUAUCAAGCCUCAGCUCGAGACAACUAUAAGACGCUUGGAACAAACUGAAAUCAUCAAGAGUGUUACUGAACCUAUAUAUAUGGUGGUAUGGCUGAGGCCGCCAUGA